AUGAAAGAAACGUUGUCGUCCGAGUUACGGACGCAAGUACAAAGGAGCGUCUACGUACAUGCGACCUGUACGUAUUAUUCAUGUACGGGUUACGCGAGUCGUGGUCCGGCACUUAGAGAGAUGAAGAAAAACUACAGGAUUUCAAUGAGAAAAUACCGAGGAGGGGUCGGGUAUAAUAAUGACUCGGAAAGUUUCCAGAGGCGAAUAACCGUUGAAAACCAUGCUGCUGCCGUACAGCGAGCAGUGUGUGCGAUAUUUUCUAGUAGGAAAGAGAUCGGAAUGGACAGCACAUCAUCGCAUGCAUCGAAGGGUUAGUUCGUUAAUAAAAACGCGAAACACAUGUUGACAGGGAAAAAAACAUUGUUAUAAGUAAUUUAAUGUACAUCUGUAAGCAACGAUAAACCAUUGUUGAAAAAAAAAACGAUUCUGAGCGGAGCUCAGUUGAUAGUGUCGCUUUGUCAACAAUAUAUAUAUAUAUCAUAUUAUGGUAAAAUUCCAAUUAUUACAAUUCCGAAAUUAAAAUGGAUCCCGUUUUUCCUAUGUUUUUCCCAUUUUCACAUUUGUUGAGAAAAUUCCGGAGAAAAUCGAAAAACGACCUCUUUAAAGUACCUCCCAGUGAAAUUUUCUUUUAGAAAGAUGGCUAUCAUCAUAAUUUGGAACAAAAUUGCAGAUAGAAAAUUUGUCCACAGAGCAAAAAAACCAUUAACUUCUUGGCUCCACUCUGAAUCUAAAUUUAACACGUAGAUCUGAGCAGUGAUGGUACGGUACAGCUGAAAAGAGCCGGAAGAAAAUCGACGCGAGAAAGAAGCGGAAUAGCAUAACGCGAAUGGCAAUGGUCCUAAACGGACUGUAAUAAGCCUGAGAAGAAGAAGAAGAAGAAGAAGAA